AUGCAACGACAACCAAAAUGGAACAUUGCAGACACUAAUAUUGCAAAUUUUGGAUCAAAAAUUGAGAAAGAUGCCCAUUACCAGGCUGGUGCGAAAGAACAAGCAUGGGCUGAUCCUAAAACGAAGGUUGGAAUUGAGCCCGGUCUUUGGAUAUGGCGCAUCGAAAAAUUUACUGUGAAACCUUGGCCAAAAGAGAAAUAUGGUCGCUUUUAUUCUGGCGACAGUUAUAUUGUUCUUCAUUCCUAUAAGAAAAAUAAAAAUACCGAAGUUUUAUCACAUGAUAUUCAUUUUUGGCUUGGGUUAGAGAGUAGUCAGGACGAAGUUGGAACUGCGGCUUAUAAGACGGUGGAAUUGGAUGAUUUUCUUGGAACUUCACCGGUUCAACAUCGUGAGGUUCAAGACUGCGAGUCCAAUCUUUUCUUAUCUUAUUUCAAAAAAUUCCAUGUAGAAGAAGGAGGUGUCGACAGUGGCUUUAGACAUAAUGCAUCCCAUGAAUAUCGUCAUCGACUUUUGAAAGUCAAACUAAUUGGUCAUACAAUUGUAAUUCGUGAAGUUCCAAAGGACUACAAAUCGCUUAAUUCUGGAGAUGUUUUCGUAAUGGACAUUGGAACUACUCUAUAUCAAUUGAAUGGUAAAAAUUCUCAAGGCGUUGAAAAGGUUAAAGCUGCCGAAUUCUGUCAGGCUACUAUAAGUGAUAGGAACGGGCAGGCUAAUGUUGUUGUUAUUGACGAAGGGGAUAUAGAAAUGAACAAAUUCUGGAAAGCACUUGGAAGUGAAGGACCCAUCAAAUCUGCAGCUGAAGAUACUGGUGCGGACAUUUCUAAUGUUCCAAAGAAAUUAUUCAGAGUAAGUGAUGCCUCGGGAACAUUGAAAUUUACCGAAGAAGCGGCCAGUAUUAUCAAAAAAAAACAUUUCGAUACCAAUGACGUAUUUGUAUUUGAUGCAGGACAUGAAGUUUUUGUCUGGAUUGGUCUCAAAUCCACAAUCACGGAAAAAAAAUAUUCUUUGCAUUAUGCUCAGGAAUAUAUUAAAAAACAUAAUCGUCCAUUAUUUACUCCAAUCACUCGUGUCAUGGAAGGUGGUGAAAAUGAUGUUUUCACACAAUGUUUGGAUGUAUAA